UAUAGUUUGAUAGUGAUCCAACGCAACAUGCCGGUUUAGUGUGCAUGUGAACGUGCACGGUAUGAUGUGUGCAUGUUUUAGGAGACUUUUUUUUUCUUCUUCAUAUAUCAGUCCUGCCCUUCUGUGACACUAAAACCUUGAGAUCUGUGCAGACAGACAGCUGAACGCUCUGCCCACGGCUCCAACGGAAGAAGCGUUGCCAUGGAUGAGGGUGAUAGCAACUACCUGGACUUCCUCGGCCUGUUCAAUGACACCUACGAUACCACUGACUCAUCCUAUGUGGUCAGUGAAGCAGUCAAACUCUGUGCUAAAACUGAUGCCAAUAACUUUGGUGCAACAGUCAUCCCACUGUUCUACUGGAUAAACUUUCUCCUCAGUUACCUGGGCAACGGGCUCGUUCUCAUCAUAAUUUUCAAGUAUGAGAAGCUCAACACGGUGACGAACAUUUUUCUCCUCAAUCUGGUUCUGUCAAACUUCCUGUUUGCCUCUAGUCUGCCCUUCUGGGCCACGUACCACAUGUCUGAGUGGAUCUUCGGCGUGACCAUGUGCAAGCUGGUCAGCAGUGCUUAUUUGAUUGGCUUCUACAGUUCCAUCCUCUUCCUCACGCUUAUGACCUUUGACCGGUAUCUUGCCGUGGUGCAUGCAGUUGCCGCUGCCAAGAGCAGGAAGAAAGCCUAUGCCAUCAGUGCAUCAGUAGCAGUUUGGUGCAUUAGUAUAUUUGCAAGCGUCAAAGAGCUGGUUCUCCAAAACGUGUGGAAGAGUCCUUUGAACGGACUGAUGUGUGAUGAGUCUGGCUUCCAUAAGAGCAUCAUGGAUCGCUGGCGUUUGGUGACUUACUACCAGCAGUUCUUUCUCUUCUUUCUCAUCCCUCUGCUCAUGGUGAUUUAUUGCUACAUCAGUAUCACCAUCCGCAUCCUGUCCACACGGAUGGCGGAUAAGUGUCGUGCUAUCAAGCUCAUAUUUGUCAUCAUCUUGACCUUCUUCAUCUGCUGGACACCCUACAACAUUGUCAUCCUCCUCCGUGCUGUUCAAAUCACUGUUGGUGGACCGUCACCCGACUGCGCCGUCUCAGACAGGCUGGACUACGCGAUGUAUGUCACACGCAACAUUGCCUACUUGUACUGUUGCAUCAGUCCCGUAUUUUACACCUUUUUGGGGAAGAAGUUCCAGAGGCACUUCCUUAUGCUGCUGGGAAAGAGAAUCCCCUGUCUGAAGAAACACAUCAGCUACAGCAGCCAGAGCAACAGGUCCACAUCUCAGAGGACGCCCCACUCCACAUAUGACUACUGAAUACUGCAAGGACAAGUAAUAGGCCCCUUGGUAUUUCACAAAUUUUAGUUUAUUUAUGCCAUUUCAAAUGCAAAAAGUAGAUCAGGCUUCUCAAUAUAAAAAAAUUAUCUAAAAUGAUCUUUCUUAAACUCAAACUCAAAUUAAAUCUCUAAAUAAAUUAAAUUAAAUACAACAGCAAUCUGAUAUUUCUGACAUCCUCCAAGGGUUGACGAGGACUCAAAAUAAAAGAUAUGUGAUUCACAUCAUGACUUGGACUUUACCUGGAUCCGGAUUCCACAACACAAUGCAAUAAUUGCAUCCUGAUCUGGAAUGAUCCAACUGAUCAAGGUGUUGCAAUCUGAUAUUUAAUUCAUAAGCUGAAACAAAAUAGUGUCUUCCUGAUCUUGGUUUUACAUCGUGAUGUCGUAUGUUUCUGCAGCAAAACCUCCAUAUUGAUCUAGAUUACUCCCAGCAUCCAACACUAACAAGGUCUUCCUUUGUUACAACAGCCACAUAUGAUUUAGAUUUUGUCAACAUCCAUCAAGCAGAUUUGAGAUGAUCCUUGAAAUGGUGAAAAUUUAAGAAAGGAUCCAGAAUUGGGACCUUGAUCACGAUCACCUCUAAAACUGAAUGGAGUUUUCCAUGGCCUAAUAUCUAUCUGUGGUGAAAAGUUCGUCUAAAUCUGUACAUUAGUUUUGAUGUAAUCCUUAAAGCCUAUAAAUUGAAAUCCUGAUCGAGAAUCCGGAUCUGGAUCACCUCCAAAAUUCAGUGGACUCUUCCACGGCCCAAUAUCUAUCUGUGGUGCAAUUUUGGUCAGAAUAGUCAGAAGUAGUUUUGAGUGGUAUAGAGGAGGUUUUUCUUUCACCAUAACAUCCAAUCCAGGCUUGCAUCUCAGAUGUACCUUCUGACAAAUUGUAACUGAACUUUCGGGUCUUCUUUUUAAGAAAACCUUCCUGUGCCACUUCAUCAUGAAGCUGUAUAACUGGGGAUACAAAAUGCAAAACAUGGA